AUUUUAAAAAUCGUAGGUGGAGACUGAAAAUUGCUUCAACCGGGUACUUUAGAGUGUAAGAAAACUUCUCAUAUGUUUUAAUAUUAAAACCUUUCUCCCUUUCUUAAUUAACAUAACCCAUUGCUUAUUACACUCCACUAUCUUCUAAGUCGUCAUCUACCGCUUAAAUCUAUCAAAUUAUGCAGCGUUAACAUGGGUCGAUGUAAUUUUGAUAAUAAGCUAGAUUUUGUAGAAAUUCAACGAGAUGAGAGCAUGAAUUAACGAAAAAUUUCAUAGAGUUAUCACUCAACUCUUUUUUGUAAUAUUUUACUCUGAAUUUUUUAUAUUGUUGAGCCGUUUGCUUUUACAUUAUCCUCACCUACAGUUACUUCAUACCACAAUGGAGAUUCAAGAAGAUGCUUCAUCGCUUUUACUUCGUGCUUAUAAAACAGGAAAGUGGAGUGAUAUAACAAUUAUGAACGGAGAUAAGAAGUAUCGAGUUCACAAACUUAUUUUGUCGGAUGUGAUUCCUUAUUUUGAUAGAAUGUUUUCCUCCGGACUCUCUGAAUCAACAAGUCAACUGAUCGAACUUGAUCAUCCGCCACAUGUAUUUGAUCUUAUUAUCGAAUGGGCUUAUUGUUCCAAGAUAAAGAUAACAAAAGAAAAUGCUGUUGACUUGUUCCAUCUUGCUGAUUACAUGAAUAUACCUAAAUUGACAGCUUUAUGUUUGGAUUUUUUGUGGAACGAAUCUUCUGAUUCUCCGUAUAUAGAUGUUGGCCACUGGAUUAAUCAAAUUGCCACGGAAGAAGUACUUAAAAGUAUUGAUCAAUAUAUUCGUUCAAACUUCAGGGACAUUGUUCAUACAAAUUCUUUUCUCGAUUAUGAUGUUGAUACUGUUACUUAUAUGAUCAAUUUGGAUAACUUGAAUAUUGACAAUGAAAUGCAAAUUUUUGAUGCUAUCAUGAGAUGGAUACGAAAAAAUGUCGAAAGAAGGUCUCAUCUUGCAAAAUUGCUCAAAAAGAUUCACUGGACUGAUAUUAUUGGAGUUCAGUUCAUGAACAGAAUCGAUAAAUUACCUUGGAUUGAGAAGUGUGACGAGGUUCGUCCAGUUAUCGUGGCUGCAUUAGAGCUCAGUUAUUUUAAAUCAUUAAAGCAGAUACAAGUAAAAGACCUAAAUGUCAACCAUCGUAUUUCAUCUAAUCGUUUUCACUAUGCUAUCUAUAGAAAGACUGAUGCAUCCAUAAUAGUUCAUAACUUCAAUGGAAAAUAUGGUAACAUUAUUUUCGCUGAAAAUCGAUCUCUUCCUACAGCUAAUUUUGGUGAUUCAUAUAUAAGUGAACAUAAUAUAGAUUCUGAUGUGGUUAUCAGAAUUGAUUGGAAAAAUAAAACUUAUCGAUUAUUCAAAAGUUCCGAUGGUUACUGCUACACUCUUUUGUUUGAGCGUUUAUUUCAAUUCAAUAAAACUGACAGAAAAAUUCAUUUUUGGAAAGGAGGACGACUUAUUGAAUUCGCAUGUUUUUCCGGUGCCAAUACAUCUAGUCAAUCAAACUUCACUGCAACCAAGCAUAAAGGAGGCAUUUGUUUAUCGAGCAUCAAUCCAAUCCAAGGAUCUAACAAUCAGAAUUACUACCAAAAUAACAGGGAAUAUAAAUCACAAUUGACAAUUACGAAAUUUACUCCGCCCGGAAAUAAGUUAAAGGCUGUUGCAAGUCAUGAAAUUGUUACAAAAGAACCCAUAAAAAAGCUGAAAAGUACAAUUUUACAUGACUUGUUGGUUAUAUUUGUCGACAUCUUACUGAUCCUUUCAUACGAUUUCCAAAAAAAUACCUUUAAAGAGCAUAAAAACACUAACAUGACCGGUCGCAACCUUUUCUUUCUACAUUUUCGCUGGGUAACAUCUAUUUAAGCAAAAUAGAUUUGGGCAAAAUAGAUUUAAGAGAAAUAGCUCUGAGCGAAACAGAAUCAAGCGAAAUCGGAUUAUUUCAAAGAAGUUCAAUUUCUAAAGAUCUUAAAAUAAAACUGAUUAUGUUUCUUAUAUUAGAGAUUCAUUCAAUAAAUU